CAUAUUCUCUCUCUAACUUUCUCUCUCAUAGUCAUCAUAUAAUUCACCAUUUAACAACUAGUGCUUCUGCCACCACUACUGCUACUACUCCAUGUUCUCUCAUUGCAACCAUCACUUUUUUUUGUUAUAUAAACAACCUAGUUGAAUCUUACCACAUGACACAUCAACCAUGUUUCUCACCCUUCACUUGUUCCUCAUAAAGAUUCAAUUUUUAUUUUCCAUUCACAAUAUUUUGGAAAUUUAAACAUUUUUCUAUAUACCCUUUUGUCUUUACUUAUAUAACCUUGCUCUAUUUUCUCAUAUACAUUACAAACUUUGAAACUUCAACAAUGUCUUCUUCUUUUCGUUAUCCUGUUAUGAACAGUACCUUGUUUUCUCUGUUUCUUUUUGUGCUUAUUGCAAAUGUUAGCUUUUGCUUCUCCACCAAGGUUUAUUUAGUUUAUAUGGGAAGCAAAAGUGGUGAACAUGAACACCCAGAUGAUAUUUUGAAGGAAAAUCAUCAAAUACUUGCUUCUGUUCAUAAUGGAAGCAUUGAACAAGCACAAGCUUCUCAUGUUUAUAGCUAUAGACAUGGUUUUAGAGGCUUUGCAGCUAAGCUCAGUGAUGAACAAGCUUCACAAAUUUCUAAAAUGGCAGGAGUGGUUUCUGUUUUUCCAAAUUCUAAAAGAAAGCUUCACACAACUCAUUCAUGGGAUUUCAUGGGACUUUUGGAUGACCAAACCAUGGAAACUCUUGGCUACUCUAUUAAAAACCAAGAAAACAUCAUCAUUGGUUUCAUUGAUACUGGAAUUUGGCCAGAAUCUCCGAGUUUCAGUGACACCGACAUGCCAGCAGUGCCACCAGGGUGGAAAGGUCAAUGUCAAUCAGGAGAAGCAUUCAAUGCUUCAACUUGCAACAGGAAAGUGAUAGGUGCGAGAUACUAUAUAAGUGGAUACGAAGCAGAAGAAGAGUCAAACGAAAAAGUCUCGUUCAAAUCAGCUAGGGAUAGCACUGGUCACGGUAGCCAUACAGCUUCUAUAGCCACGGGGAGAUACGUAGAAAACAUGAACUAUAAAGGACUAGCAAGUGGAGGUGCGAGAGGAGGGGCACCAAUGGCUAGGAUUGCUGUAUACAAAACAUGCUGGGAUUCAGGUUGCUAUGAUGUGGACUUGUUAGCUGCAUUUGAUGAUGCUAUAAGAGAUGGAGUUCACAUUUUGUCUCUAUCACUCGGUGCUCAAUCACCGCAAGGAGAUUAUUUCAAUGAUGCUAUAUCUAUAGGUUCGUUUCACGCUGCUAACCGUGGAGUGCUUGUUGUUUCAUCGGCUGGAAAUGAAGGAAUGCCGGGUUCUGCUACUAAUCUUGCACCAUGGAUGCUUACUGUUGCUGCUAGCUCAACUGAUAGGGAUUUCACUUCUGAUAUCAUGUUAGGAAAUGGCGCAAAAGUCACGUUACUGGAUCAGGGUGAAAGUCUGAGUCUGUUUGAAAUGAAUGCAUCAUCAAGGAUAAUUUCGGCAUCUCAAGCCUUUGCAGGAUACUUCACUCCUUAUCAAUCCAGUUACUGUUUAGAGAGUUCUUUGAAUAAAACAAAGACCAAAGGGAAGGUUCUAGUUUGUAGACAUGUCGAGAGUUCAACUGAUUCAAAGGUGAAAAAGAGUAAGAUAGUUAAAGAAGCAGGUGGAGUUGGAAUGAUACUUAUUGAUGAGACAAAUCAAGAUGUUGCUAUCCCGUUCGUGAUCCCUUCGGCUAUUGUUGGAAAGAAAACAGGCGAAAAGAUUCUAUCCUAUCUCAAGACUACUCGUAAACCUAUGUCAAAGAUAUUAAGAGCAAAGACAGUAAUUGGAGCUCAACCAGCACCGCGCGUCGCAGCAUUUUCUUCUAGAGGUCCUAGUGCUCUAAGCCCUGAAAUUUUGAAGCCUGAUAUCACAGCUCCAGGAAUAAACAUUCUUGCAGCAUGGUCUCCAGCAACCGGAAACAUGUUCAACAUUCUCUCGGGAACUUCUAUGGCUUGCCCUCAUGUAACCGGAAUCGCAACCUUAGUCAAAGCUGUUCAUCCUUCAUGGUCUCCGUCUGCCAUCAAAUCCGCCAUCAUGACAACCGCAACAAUCCUAGAUAAACAUCACAAACCGAUCAGCGUAGAUCCAGAACAAACAAGGGCCAAUGCGUUCGAUUAUGGAUCAGGGUUUUUGAACCCUGCAAGAGUUCUUGACCCUGGUCUCAUCUACGAUUCCGAACCAACAGAUUUUAUCGCAUUCCUAUGUUCACUUGGUUAUGAUCAAAGAUCACUUCAUCUAGUUACUAGAGACAACAGCACAUGUAAUAGCAUGAACACAUUGACCACUGCAUCAAACCUCAACUAUCCAUCCAUUUCAGUUCCAAAUCUCAAAGACAGUUUUUCAGUUACAAGGGUUGUGACAAAUGUUGGAAAAGCAACAAGUAUAUAUAAAUCUAUAGUUUCUUCACCACCUGGUGUUAAUGUCACGGUUACGCCGAACCGGUUAGUUUUCAGAAGAAUGGGACAGAAAAUCAAGUUCAUUGUGAAUUUCAAAGUAACUUCUCCUUCAAAAGGAUACAAAUUUGGAUUCUUGUCAUGGAAAAAUAAAAGAUUACAAGUUACUAGUCCUUUGGUUGUAAAGGUUGGUUAGACAACAAUGAUUGUAAAUAUCAGUAUAUAGCUUAAAAAGCUUUGAAUUAUUACUGCUAAAAUUGUGCUAGGUAUAUGUUUGGAUAAGAAACAAUUGCUUAAAAUAGAAUCCAAAGAAAAUAUGUAUUUAGGUGAAAUUACUUUGAAGUUCAAUAUUAUUUGUCAA